CGCCGCGGAGGGAGGGCUGAGCCCGCCAGCGGCUCUCUGAGCUCACCGUCUCCGCGCGCACGGCCGAGCGCAGGCAAGCGGGGGGGAGAGAGAGGACACAUUCUUCUUCGGCCGCCACUCUCCCUCACCCUCUCCAAGAAUUUAAACAAGAGCUGCGGGAAGAAGACAUCUUCUGGAAUUCUCCAACAGGGGCGGUGUCUGGUGCCAUCCUGCGGGCCACCCAGGCUUCCUGCCCUCAUCCAGGAACCCCCUGACCAGCUAGGGUCACGUCUGCGAGACUGGACCAUGAAGCGCUCGCUAGUCGCCUGGCUCUUGCUUGGGCUCAGCCUUGGUAUACCCCAGUUCGGCAAAGGUAAUAUUUGUGAUCCCAACCCAUGUGAAAAUGGAGGCAUCUGUUUAUCAGAUUUGGCUGAUGAUUCCUUUUCCUGUGAGUGUCCAGAUGGCUUCACCGGUCCCAACUGCUCUAGUAUUGUGGAGGUUGCAUCAGAUGAAGAAGAUCCAACUUCAGCAGGUCCGUGCACUCCAAAUCCAUGCCAUAACGGAGGAACCUGUGAAAUAAGUGAAGCUUACCGUGGCGACACAUUCAUAGGCUACGUUUGUAAAUGUCCCCGUGGCUUUACUGGGAUUCACUGUCAGCACAACAUAAAUGAAUGUGAAGCAGAGCCUUGCAAAAAUGGUGGAAUAUGUACAGACCUUGUUGCCAAUUAUUCCUGUGAGUGCCCAGGAGAAUUUAUGGGAAGAAACUGCCAAUAUAAAUGUUCAGGCCCAUUGGGAAUUGAAGGUGGAAUCAUAUCAAAUCAGCAAAUCACAGCUUCAUCUACCCACCGAGCUCUUUUUGGACUCCAGAAAUGGUAUCCAUAUUAUGCCCGUCUAAAUAAGAAGGGGCUUAUUAAUGCGUGGACAGCUGCAGAAAAUGACAGAUGGCCAUGGAUUCAGAUUAAUUUGCAAAGAAAAAUGCGAGUAACUGGUGUGAUUACCCAAGGAGCUAAGAGGAUUGGGAGUCCAGAGUAUAUAAAAUCCUACAAAAUUGCCUACAGCAAUGAUGGGAAGACCUGGGCAAUGUACAAAGUGAAAGGCACUAGUGAAGACAUGGUGUUCCGUGGAAAUGUUGAUAACAAUACACCCUAUGCUAACUCAUUCACACCCCCUAUCAAAGCUCAGUACGUGAGACUCUAUCCUCAAGUUUGUCGAAGGCACUGCACUUUGCGAAUGGAACUUCUUGGUUGUGAACUCUCGGGCUGUUCUGAGCCUUUGGGGAUGAAAUCAGGACACAUACAAGACUAUCAGAUCACUGCCUCCAGCAUCUUCAGGACCCUCAACAUGGAUAUGUUCACUUGGGAACCAAGGAAAGCUAGGCUGGAUAAGCAAGGCAAGGUGAAUGCCUGGACCUCUGGCCACAAUGACCAGUCACAAUGGUUACAGGUGGAUCUCCUUGUCCCUACCAAGGUAACUGGCAUCAUCACACAAGGAGCUAAAGAUUUCGGUCAUGUACAGUUUGUUGGCUCAUACAAACUAGCCUACAGCAAUGAUGGAGAACACUGGACUGUAUAUCAAGAUGAAAAGCAAAGAAAAGAUAAGGUUUUCCAGGGCAAUUUUGACAAUGACACCCACAGAAAAAAUGUCAUCGACCCUCCCAUUUUUGCAAGGCAUAUACGGAUCCUUCCUUGGUCCUGGUACGGGAGGAUUACUCUGCGGUCAGAGCUGCUGGGCUGCACAGAGGAGGAAUAAGAAGAUCCUACAUCACACAGCACUCUUCUCUUUCCCUAAAAGUAUCUCCAUAGUAUGGACUGUGAGGAAUUUGCAGGAAACUGAGAGAGUUUGUGUGUGUGAGUGUGUGAUUGUGCGUGUGUGUGUAUGAGAAGGCUGUUCUGAUUCUGUUUUUAAGGAGGUCUAAGCCUGCCUUGUCAAUUAUUUCAUUUUAUCUUUAUGGUUCAGCUCUCCUAAGUAACAUUACAUUUAUUUGAAUUGUUUUUUUCAUUGUUUCCUGAGUUGCUUACAUUGGAUGGAAUCUAUUAAGGCAAACAGGUUGUCUUCUUUUCAUAGCAAAAUUAACAAAACUUAACGGUUGUCAAAUCUCAGACAAUAAAAUAAAAUACAAUAAAAAUAUAUGUUGAUAGAGCAUUUACACUCAAAGCUCAACUAAUUCUCAUAAAGAAAAUAUUACAAUGUUAGCAAUAAGAUUUCUUUUCUGUAAUGAAACUGCACUAUGUUGUUUCCCUGUGCCUACCUAAUACUGUCAGUGUUUAUAACACAAUUUUGAAAAAGAAUCUGUAAUUAACAGUACUAAUUAUCAUAAUACCAAUUUUCACUUUCAUUAAUUUUAAUCAGAGAUUUGCUUCUGUCUAUUGCCAAAAUAAUUCAAUAUGUUUCAAUUUAUUUUUCUGUUAUUUACUUAUAAUACAGUGUCAUCUUCAUGACACUGUAUUAUACAUACAACAUCAUUGAAUAUUAGUAAAUUGAUUAGUAUUUAAUAUCUUUAAACUAAGUGUGAAAUGUUAACUUGAAAGGAAGCUAUAUCCAUGUAAUUUUCAAAUACUUCCCUUAUGGAAAAAUUCUGUAUUAUCAUUUUGCUAUCAUGUCCAUUUAAAUUUAAAUCUUUAUUUUGAUCUUAUUUAUAUAGCCUUAUGUUUACUUCAAAAUGGUAGAAUCAACCUUUGUGUAUUUAAAAACUAGCAAAUAAAUUUUACUCUAGUGCUACAUAGGUUGGCCAAUCCCCACAUUUCCUGUGAAGUGAAAAUUUUAUUUGUAUUUGAAACAAGUAGUGGUUUCCCAGAAAAGCACAUAUGUAUUCAUUUGUAAGAAGCCAAGUGUUUACUAACAACAAAGUCAUAAACCAUUUUCAAGAGGAAAAUUGGUUUCCAUGAAUUUUGCUUCAAAGGUUCUGAAAUACAUGAACAAUAAUCAUCAUACUUUGUUACUGAUAAUGGAGGCUUCAUUGACAUGUUGUUUCUCUAAUCAAAGCACAUGCUGCCCUCCAUAAAUGUCCUCAGCACUUCAUUUAUAAAGUCUAUAAGUAUUUAUUUCAUAAGGCUUAGGCAUGGAAUUAUUGGAGUUUAAAAUUAAGGGUCAUGGAAAAAGAAAGGAUGGUAUGUGUAUGAAAUGUUAAGGCCCUGCACAACACUGCUAAGUUUUUUUUCUUUAAUAUCUGUGCUGCAUAACAAAAGCCACUAGACUGUUACUAUUUUGUCUGUCCAUGUGUUAACAGCAUUUCUUCAUGUUGUAUAUAUGAAGUGGUCUUCAAUCAUAGUGAAGAAUUUAAAGAGAAAGUCAAUCACAAUAAUGUCAUUAAUAAGAGCAAAUCUAUCCUUCUAAGAAGACUGGCUGUUCAUAUGUUGGUUUCAUUGUUCAUGCUUUGUGCUUCAGGUUCUUAUUACAAAAUGGUUGAUUUUAUAUGUCUGAAACUGAAUCAGCUUUUAAUAUCUUUCAAAAAUUUGUAUGUCUUUUAGCUGAUCUUAAUUUUAUUUUAUUGGUAUUUUUGCAAGUGGCUAGAUUUUAAAAAUCAUUUUAUAAAAAGUUAUGCAGGUCUAUAAAACACCUACACUUGGCCAAGAAGCAGUGGCUCACACCUACAAUAAUACCAAUUUGUGAGGCUAAUAUUGAGGGGAUCAUUGUUCAGGAAAAGCGAGGGCAGAAAAAAAAGUCUGUCUCCUUUUCAAAAAUCAGAGAGACACAGUGUUUCAUACCAGUUGCCUUAGCUACCAGUAAGCCUGGUGAACUGAACCCACAUUCAUUUAUCCCCAAAAUUAAGAGCAGAAAUUCCAUCUAGACACAUGGCUCAGAGGUAAGAAUUCCUGCUAGGAAGUCUGCGGGUCUGAGUGAAAACCCCAGUACUACCAAGAAAACAAAAGAAAAAACAACACAAAAAACUAACAGAUACUUACUUUAUAGCCCAUGUUCCAUUAUGUUCUUUUAGGAAUAAAUGGUCCUACCAAAUUUAGAUGUUUUCCUUCAUAGAUUCUUCAUCUGUAGGCCAUAUCCUAAAGACUAUGAGUAAUACUUUGUGACUGGUAAAUGUUUUCAAAUUUAUUUAUGGUUUGAGGUGAUGUGUUUCAAAUCUUUUUCCAUUGAUUCCACUGAUUUAAAAAAAUACUUUUCAAUGGAGUUGAUUAAGAUUAUGUUAGGUACAUUUCAAAAGUCACUGGCAUGGCUUCCUCCUGCUUAUGCUUUUGCUUACACCUUAAUAUGCUUUUCUUGACAGCUCAUGUCAUGGCACAUGCAUUUCACAGCAACGAUAUCCCCCAUAUGGAAAUGCCCAUCAUUAUAAAGUCUCUUGUAUGUCAUAUGCAUCAAUGACAUCAAAGUAAAAGCAAAUAGUCUAUUUUUAUUUUAAUUGCCAACAAAACACGCAAACAGAAAACACCAAAAAAAUUCAGCUAGUCUUACAUAGAUAAAGUAACUGUCAAAAACUAACUUUUAACAUGAAAUUAAAAACAUUUCUAUUUGAUCCAUGUCUUGAUGACAGCAAUUAUCCCAUACAAACGCCAAUAUUAAGGUUGACUUUCUCUUUCUGAAUCACUUUAUAAUGAUAGAUAUUGGAUUUUGAGGAUUGGAGUACUAAUGGUAGUAACUCUGGCAGUCAACAAAUGAUGAAAAAUAAUGCCGAAUGCUGGCAUCUGAUGUGUCAGUAAGUACAGAAAAUAACCAAGACACAUUACUUUUGCAAACUUUCAAGCUGUGUAAUAUUCCAAUGUUGUUUUUUUCUUUGUGUAUAUACUUAAAUCACAUAGAAUGUUGUAAAAUCAGUAUGACCUUGUCUAGACUUCAAACUAAAAAUAAACUUUUGAAAAUCA